AUGUCAGCCGAGAUCAUCAAAGACGCCCAGCUUAUCGAUGGCCCGGGUCUAGCUGGUGUAUUUAUGAAUGUGAUGUUGUAUGGAGUGCUUAUUACCCAGACAUUCUUCUACUUCACGACAUAUCCGCAUGAUCCUAAAUGGCUCAAAUACUAUGUCAGCUUGCUUUUUUUCGCGGACACCUUAAACACAAUUUUCAAUAUUUGGUGGAUUUACAACGUGCUGAUCAACAACUUUGGAAAUGUUAAUGCAGUCGUCAGGGCAAACUGGCUAAUGCAGACCGAGGAGGCCUUUGCUGGCAUCAUCGGGAUGCAGGUGCAACUAUUCUACGCCUGGCGGAUCUAUAAGCUUACGGGAUACAAAUAUCUCACUGCCGUCAUUAUCGGGACUUCGGUUAUCCAAUGCUUGUGUGCGAUUGGGACGGCAAUCAACAUCGCCUUCGAGCCUGUCUUCACGAGGUUUGCGCAUUACAAGGAAGUCGUCGUUAUUUGGCUUUCAGUUUCGGCUGUUACGGAUGUCUUGAUCGUGUCCACACUGACAUGGCAUCUGCGACGAUCCCGAACAGGUUAUGCGCAGACGGAUACCAUCAUCUCCAGGGUGAUGCAGAUCACGGUGUCGAACGGAUUGCUGACGGCAAGCUUCGCGAUAGCCACGCUUAUCGCCUUUGUAUCUUCGACCGCAGCAUACCAUUUGGCAUUCAACUAUACGCUGUGCAAGUUAUACGGGAAUUCUCUAAUGACCAGCUUGAAUUCUCGCUAUAUCAUUGGGUCGGCAAGGUUCAAAACCCAAAGCAUCCAGCUCCCGCCCAUAACCGGAACCACAACGGAUGUGGACGACUUCAUGUUUAGCCGAAACCACCUACCGACGCAACCGGCACGGGUCGUAGUAAAUGUGGAGACCACUCAGAUGGUCGAUAUAUCCCCGGAGGUUUCGAAGGCCAGCGGACCAUGGGCAGAAGAGGAUAUCGUCGACUCCAAAGCCGGUGUUGCCGUGUGA